AUGUUUAAUAUCACUGAUUAUUGGGUCAAUGUGCUCAAUAGAGUUUGUUCUGUUAUUAAAUCAUUGUCUAGUCAUGGAUUGUCAUUCAGAGGUGGAGAUGACAGUUUUGAAUCUUCUGGCAAAAAUAAUGGCAAUUUUAUAAUGGCAAUGAAACUUAUUGCCGAGUAUGAUCCCUUUUUAUCAAAACAUAUAUUAAAUUAUGGAAAUCCAGGUAAAGGAAAUACAUCCUAUAUGUCAUUUUUCACUUAUGAACAGUUUAUUAAAAUUAUGGCUGAAAAAGUAAUAAGUACCAUAGUAGAAGAAUUAAAAUCUUCAACAUAUUAUUCGAUUAGCGUUGAUUCGACACCUGAUAUGUCAAAUGUUGAUCAGUUAUCAUUUGUCAUAAGAUAUGUAAAUAGUAUUGGAGAACCUGUUGAACGGUUUUUGGGGUUCAUGGAAAAUAUUGGACACAAAGCUGAACCAAUAGCAGAAGCUAUUUUUUCUACAUUUAAUAAGCAUAAUAUUGAUAUUAAAUUUCUUAGAGGUCAAUCAUAUGAUAAUGCUGCGAAUAUGUCUGGUGCCUAUUCAGGAGUGCAAGCUCGAAUUAAGUUAGUAGCACCACUUGCUGAUUUUGUUCCAUGUUCUGCUCACUCAUUAAAUCUUAUUGGAUUGUGUGCAAUACUAAACCAACAUGCUGAGUCAACUCUAAAGGGACUUUCAGUUACAAGAUGGUCUGCUAGAAAUGAUGCAUGUCAGAGUCUUAAUAAAAAUUGGACAGCUGUAAAAAAUGCAUUGCAGGAGCUAGUAGAUUCUGAUAAUGAAAAACCGCUUACACGUAGUGAAGCCAGUGGAUUGUUACGGAAUAUGAAGAAAUUAGAAACUGCAUUUAUGACAUCGCUAUGGUGUGAUAUUCUUCAAGCAUUUAAUAAUGUAAGUAAAAAAUUGCAAUCUAUUAAAAUAGAUCUCAGUUGUGUUGUUGGAUUGUAUAAUACACUAAUAGAAUAUAUCAAAAGAUUACGAACAAUGUUCAACACUUAUGAAAAAUUGGCUCAAGACAAAUUUGAAGAAAUGUUCCUCAGUUCAAAACAAAAAAUAGAAAAAGAAAAAAACAAAUUGAUGAAUCUAAUGAACCGGAUACUGUGUUUAGUGGCAUUCAACACUUUAAAAUAA